CCGAUUGACAGCCAGCAUGACACAAGUGAUUUUUUCGAGGUUAGCUCUACUCAAUUAAUGACUUUAGCUACAACUAGGACCUUUAUCCGCACUAGAAAUGGUGUAAACAAGAUCGCAAAACUUGUUUUUUCAUCAGUCGAAAGUUAUUUCGAAAUAUGUUCAUAAAUGAGAGAAUAUUAAUUUUGUACGGUUCUCAAACGGGCACUGCUCAAGACUUGGCAGAAAAUAUCUGGCGAGAAUCGAAACGUUUUUAUUUCAAAAGUACCGUGAAGUCUAUGGACGAUUACAAUGUGUUAGAUUUAAUUAGUGAAGAGUGCGUAAUCUUCGUUUGUUCCACGACUGGUCAAGGUGAAGAACCAGAUAACAUGAAGCAGUUUUGGAGGUUUCUGUUGCGAAAAAAUAUCCCCUCGGAUUCUCUUUCUAAUCUAAAAUAUGCUGUGUUCGGUUUAGGAGAUUCUAGUUAUACUAAAUUUAAUUUCGCCGCGAAACGAUUACAUAAGCGACUUCUACAACUGGGGGCGCAAGCUCUGCAGCCGUUAGGUUUGGGCGACGACCAACAUUAUUUAGGUUAUGACGGUGCCGCUGAUCCGUGGAUAGAAACGCUAUGGUCGAAGUUGCUUUUAUUGUACCCAUUACCCAGAGGGGUUCAACCAUUAGCAACAAAUUUGCCUAUAACACCACGUUGGAGUGUGCAAAGUUCAACUUUGGCCGAAAACUUAAACAAUCAGUCGAUUUAUUACGCCACAAAACAUUUGGAUGAUUUUACCGUUACUGUUAUUGAUAAUAGCAGGAUCACACACCCUGAGCACUUCCAAGAUGUUCGUUUAAUUAAAUUGAGGACUGAAGGUCAGGAGUAUGUACCAGGUGACGUGGUUUUGUUAAGACCUAGAAAUUUACAAUGGCAAGUGGAUGCAUUCCAGGCACUUUUGAAGUCUCAUAAUUUAAAUUUUGAUUGUAUUCUAAGAGUGAAAGAAAAUGAACCUGAAAUGCCAGUGCCUCCAGUAUUGAAGCAAAAAGUGUCUUUUCAACAAAUGUGUGAGGAAUAUUUUGACUUGAUGACUAUACCCAGAAGACACACUUUUAAAGUAUUAGCGCAAAUUACUGAUAAUGAAUUAGAAAAAGAAAAAUGUCUUGAAUUUACGACAGCUGAAGGACAGGAUGAUCUUUACACUUACUGUAAUAGGCCUAAAAGAAAUAUAGUUGAAGUGCUUCAGGAUUUUCCCUAUGCCACUAAAAAUCUGACCAAAGAAAUUCUGUUUGAAAUCUUACCCCCUAUUAAACCUAGGGAAUUUUCAAUUGCUAGUAGUUGCAAAAUGCAUGAAAAUGAAAUUCAUGUUUUGUUAGCAGUAGUUAAAUAUAAGACCAGACUAGCUAAGGAGCGAUUUGGACUUUGUUCCAACUAUUUAGCUGAAAUGAAACCAGGGGAUGAAAUUUCAGCAAAGCUCAAAAAAGGGAGUUUCAGAUUCCCCACAAACCCCACCAUUCCUAUUAUCAUGGUAGGCCCUGGCACAGGUGUCGCCCCUUUCCGCAAUUUCAUUUUUGAAAGAUUCGCAGAAGGUAUGUCUUCUAAUCAAAAUCUGUUACUAUUCUUUGGUUGCCGGAACAAAGACAAAGAUUUCCAUUGUAAAGACGAGUUCUUCGGGCUAGAAAAGGAACGACAACUAAAUCUGAUAUGCGCAUACUCCAGGGAUCAAGAAGACAAAGUGUAUGUCCAACAUAAAAUUUUGGAGCACCGUGAGACUGUUUGGGAUUUUUUGCAACGAGAUGGUCAUAUUUUUGUGGCUGGAAAUGCCAAAUUGAUGCCACAGGAAGUAAGGGAGGCGUUUGUCAAAGUCUGUCAGAUGUCCGGUGGUAUGACGGUAGAGGGCGCUGAAAAAUUUAUAGCAACAAUGGAGAAACAAAAUAAGUACCAAACGGAGUGUUGGUCAUGAGAUGUAGUUUCAUAGUUUAGAACAAUUUACAAUUAUUUGUUGACGUUGUAUUUUUUACUGGUUUUAGUUUUGCGUUUAUUGUUUACUACAUUUUAUUAAAAAACGCAUAUACAUUUUA